AUGUCCACCGUCCUCGACUCGCUCAAGCAGUACACCACCGUCGUCGCCGACUCGGGCGCCUUCGAGCAGCUCAAGCAGUACAAGCCCCAGGAUGCCACCACUAACCCCUCGCUGAUCCUGGCCGCCAUCAAGGAGCCGUCAUACGCUAAGCUCGUUGACGUUGCCGUCGAGUAUGCCAAGAAGCAGGGUGGUGACAAGGAACAGCAGGUCUCCGUCGCCUCGGACCAGCUCCUCGUCCAAUUCGGCAAGGAGAUCCUCAACAUUGUCCCUGGCCGUGUCUCGACUGAGGUCGACGCCCGUCUCUCGUUCGACUCUGAGGCUACCAAGGCCAAGGCUCGUUCCAUCAUUGCCAUGUACAAGGAGAUUGGCAUCGAGAAGGAGCGCAUCCUCAUCAAGAUUGCCUCGACCUUCCAGGGUAUCCAGGCUGCACGUGACCUCGAGAAGGAGGGCAUCCACUGCAACCUCACCCUCCUCUUCGGUUUCUGCCAAGCCGUUGCCUGCGCAGAGGCUGGUGUCACCCUCAUCUCGCCCUUCGUCGGCCGUAUCCUGGACUGGUUCAAGCAGAACAAGCCCGACGGCAACUACGACGGCGCCAACGACCCCGGAGUUCAGUCGGUGCAGAAGAUCUACAACUACUACAAGCAGCACGGCUACAAGACCAUCGUCAUGGGUGCCUCGUUCCGUACCACCGACGAGAUCAAGAACCUCGCUGGUUGCGACUUCCUGACCAUCUCGCCCGGCCUCCUCGAGAAGCUCCAGAACGAGCAGGGCAGCCUCGAGCGCAAGCUCACCCCCGAGUCGGCCAAGUCCGCCGACAAGAUGGACAAGGUCUCGUUCGUCGACGACCAGGCCGAGUUCCAGUGGCAGCUCCUCCAGGACCAGAUGGCCUUCGACAAGCUCCACCAGGGCAUCUACAAGUUCGCCGAGGACGCCGAGACGAUGAAGGGCCUCAUCGCCAAGAAGCUCUAA